UGACAGUCGCUAUAGACGCUCCUCCGCCUCAAGUUAGCGUUAGCGAGGGUACGUCAUUCUGUCACAUGGUGUCCUGAAGGCUUACUGAGUGGCUGAAGAAGCCGCUCAAUGAUUUCCGGUGAAAUCGGGUCUUGCUAUUUUGUGAAAAGUCCAAAAAACGAGGCAUUGAGGAUGAAAGGCAAUAAGGCAGACUCGGAAUUAGACUAUACAAUUGAGUUUCCAGAGCCGACUUUUCAAGACUGGCAAUGGGACCGAGAGCAGGAACCAGUGGUUAUUUUGCUUGGAUGGGGAGGAUGUAAGGAUCAGUAUCUAACUAAAUAUGGUGCCAUCUAUCAUAAUCAGGGAUGCACUGUUAUAAAAUAUACCGCAGCCUGGAAUGCAGUAUUCGUCACAGAGUCUUUGGGCCUUAGCUCACUACGUGAAGAGGCAAAAAAGCUUCUAGAGUUGCUCUUUGAAUAUGAAAUUGAAAAAAGUCCUAUUUUAUUCCAUGUUUUUAGUAAUGGUGGGUUCAUGUUAUACCGCUAUAUUGUGGAGCUGCUGCAAUCUCACUGUCGCCUCAACAAACUGCAUGUAGUGGGAACCAUCUUUGAUAGUGCUCCAGGAAACCGCAACAUCAUUGGCUCAGUACGAGCUUUGGAUACUAUCCUUAGAACUUCCACUAAUAAAGCUGUCCGCUUCUUAGCUCUAGCAGCUUUUGCACUCAUGGUAAUCAUACUAAGAAUCCUGCUAUACCCAGUGACAAGGUAUGUGCAUGAGAAUCACUAUGACGCUAUGAAGAAGGAUCCCUCACGCUGGCCUCAGCUUUAUUUGUAUUCCCGGGCUGACCCUAUUAUCUCAUAUCUUGAUGUGGAGUCUAUAAUUGCUGCUCGAAGAAGACGUUGCCUUCCCACUGAGGCUUUGGACUUUGGGAAGUCAGAACAUGUCAGCCAUUUUCGUAGGUUUCCACAGAGGUACUCUGAAACUUGCACUUCCUUCUUAAGGGACUGUGUCAGAAAAGCAGCCAUAUCCAUGCUGAGCAGUGAACACCCUAUUUCUUAUUAACUGUCAGUGCAAAUCGACUAUGUCAUCUGUGUGGACUGGACAAAUAAAUAGUUGCUUUUUUCUUUAA